AUGCCUGGAAGAAGACUAUAAACAUUUUAAGGGCCAAUGACUGAUAAAAAAAGAAGAUGGUGCAAUCACAUUUAUUGUACCCGAAGCUGAAACAAUGACAUUCAUCUUUAUAUGUGCUUGCAUUUGGACACUGACCUCAUAAAAUAACAAACUUCAGUUUUUCCUGUUAAUUUUUAAUUUUCGCAGAUUUUUUUCCCCGUCCCUCGAUUUUAAUUAUUGGCGGGUGAGUAUUAAAGACGAGCACUGCAAGCUUUCGUUCUCAGUGUUGCCCUUGUCACUGUAGGUCCAGAGGAAGAACCAACAGAGAGGCUAUCAGGAGUCCUGCAGUUUGCUCUCCUACUCCCCCAGGAUCACGACUCCAAACGCCUCAGGAAUUCUCCGCUCAUCUCCUGCCCUCCCAACACCUUCCCUCCGUCCACUAUGGCCUUGCCCAUGACGACUCUGUCUCCCGGUGGCGCCUGCCACCCCAACGCCACCGUCUGCUCCGGAGAGUCCUGCCUGGUACCGCCCGACAACUUCAACCAGAUCCUGAGCGUGGUUCUCAGCACCGUGCUGACGGUCAUGCUGGCCAUGGUCAUGUUCGCCAUGGGCUGCACCGUGGAGGCAUCCAAGCUCUGGGGCCACAUCAGACGCCCCUGGGGCAUCUUCAUCGGCUUCCUCUGCCAGUUUGGCAUCAUGCCCUUCGCAGCCUUCGCCCUGUCGCUGGCCUUCGACGUGCUGCCUGUGCAGGCCGUUGUCAUCAUCAUCAUGGGCUGCUGUCCUGGAGGCUCCAGCUCCAACAUCAUCGCGUAUUGGCUGGAUGGGGACAUGGACCUCAGCAUCAGCAUGACCGCGUGCUCCUCCAUCCUGGCUCUGGGGAUGAUGCCGCUGUGUCUGCUCAUCUACACCUCCGUCUGGACGUCCGCAGACACCAUCGAGAUCCCGUACCAGAGCAUCGGCAUCACUCUAGUGUCCCUUCUCAUCCCUGUGGGCCUGGGAAUCCUGGUCAAAAGCAAGUGGCCCAAAGUUGCAAAGAAGAUUCUCAAGGUGGGCUCCAUCAUGGGCUUCCUGCUCAUCAUCAUCAUCGCGGUGGUGGGAGGUGUGCUGUACCAGUCCUCCUGGACCAUCUCUCCCUCGCUCUGGAUCAUCGGGGCCAUCUACCCUCUGGUGGGAUUCGGCCUGGGCUUUCUGCUGGCACGCUUUGUGGGGCAGCCCUGGCACAGGUGUCGCACCAUCGCCCUGGAGACGGGCUUCCAGAACUCCCAGCUGUGCAGCACCAUCGUCCAGCUGUCCUUCUCUCCUUCCGAGCUGGAGGUCAUGUUUGCCUUCCCUCUCAUCUACAGCAUCUUCCAGCUGGUGGUAGCUCUCCUAGCCGUGGGAGGCUACCAGACGUACAAGAGAAACUGCGGCUCGUCCCGGGCGAGCGGGGAGGGGGACGCAGAGGCCCCCUCCUCUGGAGAGAAGAAGGAGUACGAGCUGGACAACGACGCCUUCGAGUGUGACGAGAAUGCAAACACGGGGGUCAAAGGGAAGGUCACCCCCCUGUGAGCAGCUGCAGACCCCGGCUCACUGGCAACGCCAGGAAACAGUCAAGCAGUGACUUUAAGUGAAAAACAAAUAAUUGUUUAUAUCCGUUACACACGGACGCACUGGUAACGCCAUGCCAGCCCACUUCAAGCUCCUGAGACACACAGCGAUUAACACUGACGACAGCAACACAUUGACGCCCUCUACUGGCGGGAGGUGUGCAUGACAGGUACCACCGUCACGCCACUUUUUUUAUUUUAGAUUUAGAUGUAUUAAUUUAGCAGAAGCUCUUAUCCAGAGUGACUUAUAGUAAGUA